ACCCUAUCCUAUAUAAGUGGAGCAAAUUAUAGACAAAAGUAUAGUUUCUUUUUUUACAAAAUUAGUGAGGGAGAUGGAAGGAGAAAUCAACAACUUGAUUCUAGUUUGGAGCAUUGUAAUAGCCUCUCUUUGCUACAUCCACAAAGUAGCCCAAAUCUUCCCCACCGGAAAUCCAAGAAUCAUCGCAAUCUUCCCAAUCAUAAUCCUCUUCCUCCUCCUCCCUCUCAACUUCACCUCCAUCCACUUUUCCGGCAUCACCUCCUUCUUCAUCUCAUGGCUCUCCACCUUCAAACUCCUCCUCCUCACCUUCAACCAAGGCCCCCUCUCCUCCCACCCCCCAAUCCCCUUAUCCCUCUUCCUCCCCUUAGCUUGCUUCCCCAUCAAAAUCCAACAAUCCCCCAAAAAACCCCACAAAUCCCCCCUAACCCCCGUCGUUAAAGUAACAAUACUAGCCCUUCUCAUACGCGUAUACGCCUACAAAUCCCACAUCCAUCCCCACAUCAUCAUGCUAUGCUACGCCCUCCACAUGUACCUCGUGCUAGAGAUGAUCCUCUCCCUCUUUGCCGCGGCCGUCAAGGCCCUAGUCCGGGUCGAGCUCGAGCCCCACUUCAACGAGCCCUACCUCGCCACCUCGCUCCAAGACUUCUGGGGGAGGCGGUGGAACUUGAUGGUGUCCAACAUUUUACACCCCACGGUUUAUCGGCCCGUGAGGUCGGUGUCAACCCGGCUCGGGCUAGGGAGAUGGGCCGCGAUACCCGCGGUUUUGGCCACGUUCUUGGUCUCGGGGCUUAUGCAUGAGCUGAUUUUUUACAACAUUGGGAGAAUGAGGCCGAGUGGGGAGAUGAUUGGGUUCUUUCUUCUACAUGGGGUGUCUUUGUCAAUUGAGAUUGUGGUGAAGAAGAUGUGUGAGGGGAGAUUGAGGCUGCCGAGGGUUGUGUCGGGAGUUUUAACGUUGGGGUAUGUGAUUUACACGAGUUUUUGGCUGUUUUUUCCGCCGUUUUUGAGGGCGAAAUCGGAUCUUAGGAGCUGUCGGGAGUCGCUUGCGUUCAUGGAGUUUGUUAGGAAUCGUCGGCUUAUUGAGCCGAGUGAGGUUUCUUGUCCAUUUCUGUGAAAUUCAUGUUAAUUUAAGGUUGUGAUGAAUGAUGAGAUGUAUGGAUGUGUUUGUGUUUCGGUUUACGUGUGCAAACGGUAACAAGCGGCAUUAAUUGUGGUGGAUUCAAUGAAUUUAUGAUCGUGAAUUUGAAUUUA